AUGGUGUCCUUUUUUGGCUUGAAGCUAGGGGGUGAUAAGAAGAAGAAAGCCGCCGCGGCCGGAGAAAACCCCACGCAGGGGAAGAAGAACGAACAGAACACCCGCAAUGACAGCUUGUACUUUGGGACGACUCUCAACAAGCACAACCUCCUCGACGACCCUUUCUCCAUCCCUCGCCCCGAUACAGCCGCCUCUCUUCGCUCCGCUCGCCCCCGGGCCCCUUACAUGAAUCCAGCCGCGUCCUCCAGCACCAGCAUGGUUGACCUCACUGCCGGUCCUGCUCUCAUACUGCACGCCACGCAGCCCAGCCUCGGCAACGCAUCUUUGAGAAACUUGAGACAUUUUGCCUCGGACAAUAAUAUGCACUCUCGCUGGAACAACAGCACGUCGGGUCCCCUGCAGCCGCCUCAUCUCACCCGCAUACCUGGCGCCCCCGAUAUGGAUAGGCCCGGGUCGGCUGGUUCUAGCUCGUCAAGGAAACAGUGGGUGAAUCCAUUAGACGUCCACUUCUGCCGCGGUUACACUCCAGCUCCGUCUCGGCCGUCGACCGCCACCGGCGCCAGACCCGCACCGACACCGUUGCGUCUGGAUCCGGCGCCUCCCCAAGUCCCCGCUAGUCCGCUGAGCCAGUUCAAGUUCGACCUCAAGCCACUCGGCACUGCUUCUCAGCAACUGGAGGCGACUCAGCCACAUGUGCCCGACAUGGAUCCUCUGGUGCCCGAACCUCUGAGGCCACGCAAACCGGACCAGGAUUCACAUCCAGCGUCAUACGACGAGGAGAACCCUCAGCUUGCCCGACGAAGCGAGCAAAACGACUCUCGGGAGCCGGUGGCCGCCUAUCCUUCUCCCCCAUUAUCCAUGGAUAAUGUGCCGGUAGAUAGGCCGCCGAUGGGAUCCACGAUGAGGUUCGACAUGGACGCCAAGCCAGCGAGCGGACCAACACAUUUCACGGCAGGUGCAAACCAGCCACUUCGCGGAACUACAUCUAAGGCGCCGACGUCGUCGUUGCCGUCACCGACCGGCUCCGCACCCCGAACAAGUGAGGAGUGGGAGGGGGCGGGCGGAGCUGUUAUCCAGAACGUUGCCGCGAAACGUGACACGCUCACAUUGAACGCCCCGCGCAGACGAAGUUUAUCGUUGGAUGUUAAAAAACCCGGCAGCCACCACGGCGGGGGUACGCAGCAGUGGGCAAACCCAAGUAGCAAUGGAAGUCCUCCACUUAGAAAUGCUCGCCGUCCGCCACCGCCAGCGCUUGACAACCGCCACGAGUUCCGUCCAUAUGUACCCCAGGGAUUGCCAAGUCCUACAACGACGGCGAAGAAUCGCGAAUUCCGCGCUUAUGUACCUCCGGGGUCACCUGGUCACGCCCCAGCUCUGGAGAGUCGGGAUAUGCGACCUGAAAGGUCCGCGGGAUCACCGUCAAUAUCAUCCCCACCUCACGGGGUUCGUGGUCCCAUGCACGGAUCACCCGCGACGCGAAGGCCGUCCCCGGCACUCCUCGACAGCCGACCACACCGUGGUUCCCCCUUGGUACCUUCGCCGAGUCCGACGCCACCGUCGUUGACAGAGGCAUACCAUAACCCGCCGCGCGGGGGAACCCCGACGCCAGGUGCCGACUGGCGUCCUCGACGACCUGCCGAAUUUUCCGAAGGUGUCUCUGACGACGUGUCUGCUGUCUCGGCGGUGGAUGUCAAUCCGCCGCCUCUGGCACGUGCCGCCCCUGAACCGCAUCCCAACAUUGACCCGAGCCACCCUUCCAAAGGGCCUCAAGACUUUAAUAUGCAGGGCCGUCGGCGACCCACUAUCGGUGCCGCGCCGCCAUCGGACGGGGAGCGCGGAUUCGGAGAGCGCAGUCGUGGGUUGUCGCCGGGCAAGCGACGCGCGCCGCCACCACCACGGCUCAAUACAGUGCCUCCUUCGGCGCCGCCACGACCGCAUGCGUCUGAGGAACAGCCGUCGCCGUCCCAUCAAGGGCCACCGUACCAUUUCCCGGUUUGGGAUGAUCGAAAUGUCUUCUCUUCCCCCCGGCGGGCCCCGACACCUCUGGCUGCCGACACUGGCCGGGCCCCAGCGGUUGCGAAAGCGAGUCCGGGCCGGUCGACUCCAAACUGGCCCCUUCCCGAAAAUGGCGUCGGCGCUGCCGGGGCCGACGUCGCUGGCGCGGGAGGCGUGGGGGGCAGCGGCACAGGCACGGGCACGGGUACAGGCACGGGCACGGGGACGGGCACAGGCACUCCUAGCGGCAGCGUGCCCGGGUCACCCGGCCUCUUUGCCGGGACUCCUUUUGCGAGCCCAGGGCUCGGGGGGUUCCCCGGUGGGAGUGGGAAGAGCCAUUGGGCUGCGCCACCUCAAUGGUCGGAAGAUGGAUACCUGACGGAGCGGGCGCGGACACCGCCUUAUGGGCGAGAGGCAAGGCGCAAGGAUGCGGGCUCGCCAGUGCAACAAGCUCUGCCACCUCACCACGGGCUUCGGGCGCCCACAGGAAUGCCUGAUGAGUUCCGAGCGGGCUUUAUAUGA